AUGCCCUGUCCGUGCACGCUUACCCGCUUCUGGACGUCACUUGACCCGGCCGCCCAAAGCGUGCACAUCCUUCAUGCCAAUCCCAACCUCACCCUCAAGCCCCUCGUCAUCCACCGCGCGCUUUCUGCCAAGCCGCUGCGGGUGAUGCGCCGCCAGUCCAAGGUUCACCUCUCCCACCAGCCCGGUGCACCGCCGGCCAGCCUGACGAACCCGUCGCUCUGCUCUACUGCUACUGCUACUGCUAUUGCUACUGCUGCUGCUACUACUACUACUCUCACCACCUCCUACCAAUACUACUGGCCGACUGUCCACAUCCCACUCUCCCCCCCCUCCCCCCAAUCCACCCUCCCCCAGCCACGCACCGUCCCGGAUCCGCGAGCUUCAGCCCAACCUGUGCCAGUGUCUGCGCCGCCCUGGGGCCACGCCUGCCAGCCCUGGCCUCGCUGUUCCGGCUGCAUCCUGCUCUCUCUCUCUCUUACUCUCGAGCUCACUCUUGGCCAUCUCCGCACCAUGUGCUCGAGAGCGCAGUCUCGCUCUCGCUCCCCUCGCUGUGCCUCUCUCACGCGCGUGUGCCGUCGCUUGCUGCUGCCCCCUCUGGCCCUCUUGAUCCGACGUCGGCCCUUGUUAUACGCCGGCCGACGUCGUCCCCCCUUCUCAUCAUCCUCACCCGCGCCCAUGUCUAUUUCUCCUCCGACGGCCGUUUCUGCGAGCCCACCAGGGCCUCAGCGCUGCCGCAUGGCCAGAGUUUCGCGUCCUGCCUCACCAGCGGCCGCCGUCCAGGAACGUGAAGCUUACGCUGCCCUAACGCCAGGCCCGGCAGCUGCGGAGUCAUGGCACGCUAGUCUAGCAUCGCCCAUGGAUGGGGCAGUGGGCGCCCGUGGGCUCUGCUAGGUCAAUCAACAGGCGGUGGGCGCGGCGCCCUGGCCUCGACGACGGUGCAUCCGGACUGUUCCUAGAGUACUGGUCUGGUGCUGCUGCGACCACAAUGGCUACACACGUCCUAGUACUCGUACUGCCUGUUGAUCGCCUCAUGGGCCAGAACCCGCAAACUGGCGGCCGCCCCAGAACAGCCCGCCCCAGCAGGGCUGCCUCAGGUCG